AUGGCCGGGGGCGGCGAGGGCGCGGCGGGCGGGACGGGGGAGAUGCGGUCGCUGGCGCUCACGCCCACCUGGUCCGUCGCCACCGUGCUCACCCUCCUCGUCGCCGCCUCGCUCAUCGUCGAGCGCUCCAUCCACCGCCUCAGCAACUGGUUGAAGAAGACUCACCGGAACCCACUCCACAAGGCAAUGGAGAAGAUGAAAGAAGAAAUGAUGUUGCUCGGCUUCAUAUCCCUGCUUUUAGCGGCGACGUCGAGGAUGAUCUCCGGUAUCUGCAUCGACUCCAAGUACUACAACAGCAGGUUCUCCCCGUGCACCAAAGAGGAGGUGGAGGAUUCAUUGAGCACCGAGCACAUGCUGACUCGCAAGCGCAACCACAUAAUCGAUGCCAUCCUGCAUCGUUCUCUCAGGAGGAACCUUAAGGCGCAGUCCCAUCAGGUGGAGAGUUGCCACGAGGGCUUCGAGUCGUUUGUUUCACAUGAGGGUCUGGAGCAGCUCCACCGCUUCAUAUUUGUCAUGGCGGUAACCCAUGUGACUUACAGUUGCUUGACGAUGUUGCUAGCUAUACUCAAGGUCCAUACAUGGAGAAAAUGGGAGGAUGAAGCAUUUAGAGAUAAUCACGAAUCUUUUUCCCAGAUUGCGUAUGCAUCAGCAACUAGAAGGCAACCACCAGCACUUACCAAAUCCUCUUCAUUCAGAUUUUGGAGUCAAAAUAAUGCGGUCAUGUGGGUGUUUUGCUUCCUCGCACAAUUUGGCCAAUCUGUUGUUCGAGCCGACUACCUUAUCCUUCGCAAGGGUUUCAUAAUGAACCACAAUCUUGCACCAACAUACGACUUCCACACUUAUAUGAUACGCUCCAUGGAAGAGGAGUUUGAGAAGAUUGUUGGAGUGAGUGGAGUGCUGUGGGGCUUCGUUGUUGCUUUCAUGCUAUUUAAUGUUGAUGGAUCUAACCUCUACUUUUGGAUAGCCAUCCUCCCUGUUGCUCUUGUUCUUCUAGUCGGUGCGAAACUGCAGCAUAUAAUAGCGAUUUUAACAUCAGAGGGUGCAAAGCUGACUGCAUUUGGACCAAGGAUAAAGCCACGCGAUGAUCUCUUUUGGUUCAAGAAACCAAAGUUUCUCCUGUGGUUGAUUCAUUUUGUUCUCUUCCAGAAUGCAUUCGAGCUGGCCUCUUUCUUCUGGUUCUGGUGGCAAUUUGGUUAUGAGUCAUGCUUCAUCAAAAACCACCUACUGGUUUACUGCCGCCUUGUAUUGGGGUUUGCCGGACAGUUCCUCUGCAGUUACAGUACGUUGCCCGUUUAUGCGCUUGUCACGCAGAUGGGAUCAAAGUACAAAGCCGCCCUGAUCCCCAACAGGAUCAGAGAAACCAUGCACGGGUGGGGCAAGGACACAAGGAAGAGGAGGAAGAAGCGGCGCGGCGACGAUUCCACCAUCCGCACAGAGACCAGCACCGUGUGCUCCCUCGACUACGAGGACGAAGACGACGACGGCCAUGGCCAUUCCGAUUAUGCCACGACACCCAGGUUGCCGCCAUACCUCAAGAUCGAGCUGCGUCCCAUGCAGGGCGGCGGUGCCACUCCGGGACAGGGCAUGCCAAGCCACCAUCUUCCGACGGGCGGCAGCAACUGGACCCCCGGCGGCAGCUCUCAGCACGCGCUGCUCCAGCGACAGGGCUCGGCCUCAGCCUCCGCGCCGUCGUCACCGCCACCGAGCAGCCAUGACCGUGGCGUCGUAAGGUCAGCGUCGAUGCCGGGGAUUGCUUCCGUGGCAACGAUAGCCUCGACGAUCGGCCUUAGUACCCCACCGCCUCGGCUCAACGAUGACGCCCAUGCAUAG